UGGUGUUUUUCAACUACCAUUCCACUUCCUCACAAUUAUUUCACCACAGUGCUCCAAAAUUUCAAAUUGUAGGGCCAUGGGUAUUGGAAAAGUAAAUAAAUAGAAAAUGAAUGGAUUGAAGAAGAAGAAAAUGCUAUGGAGUUUGGUGGGUUUGUUGGAUCCAAGCUAUGGAAGGAGCAGCUUCAAAGAUUGGUUGUGGUUUUGGCUGGAGUUGGUGCAAUUUAUGCUCUGGUUCAAUCAUGGAACAGUAGAUAUUCUCCCUCCAUUUGGUUUUCCUUGCAUUCUGCAGAAAUCGGGUAUGGCCCAAUUGCUCCUCAAUCCAGUUAUGAUGCCCACAUUUCCCCAUCUAUGGAACCACAAGGUUUAGUGCAAGAAUAUGGCAGUGAUGCUUCUAAGGAUACUAAUGAUUUGAGCCCUCAAGGUUUAGUGGAGGGAAACAGAAGAAAUGAUUCUAUGCUUGAUCAUGCUUUGUCCCCUCAUGGAGUUGUGCAGGGUGAUGUGAAAAGGAACAUUAGUUUGGGCUUAGAUGGUGGUUCUAGUAGUGCCAAAGGGUCUUUUAAUGUGAGUAAUGAGGAUGGUCUUUCUAACAACUUUUCAGUUGGCAACCAAAAUAAUGUGAAUGCCUCUGUGGAGAACAGUGUGAGAGAGGAAUCCCACAAUUCUACCAAGGAUACAAACUCUUUUUCAGUCUUGAAUGCUGUUAAUGUUUCUUCUCAGAAGGGCUAUAACAGGCCUCAACAUGAUCAGGGGCAGGAUUGGGAGAAGAUACUUGAGCAACAACUGACAUUUGCCAAAAAUGAAAUUGAAAAUUCACCAGCUGUACUUGCAAAGGAUCCAGAUCUCUAUGGACCUUUAUAUCAUAAUCUUUCUCGUUUUAAAAGGAGCUAUGAAAUAAUGGAAAACUUCUUUAAAGUAUAUGUUUAUAGCGAUGGAGAGAAACCCUUUUUUCACAAAGGACCUAUGGAAGGCAUAUAUGCCUCAGAAGGAUGGUUCAUGAAACAGAUGGAAGAAAACAAGCAGUUUGUGACAAAGGAUUUCAGGAAAGCUUUCAUGUAUUAUAUUCCUUACAGUGUGUAUGAAAUGAGGGUGGGGGUUCAUGCUUCUCAAUACCAAAACGUACCACAAAUAACAAUCUACCUAAAAGACCAAAUUAACAUGUUGGCAAGCAAAUAUCCCUUCUGGAACAGAACCCAUGGCAGAGAUCACUUUUUCGUUGCAUGCCAUGAUUGGGGACCUUACACAACAGCUGGGCACAAUGAACUAAAAUUGAAUGCUGUCAAGGUUUUAUGUAAUGCAGACCUUUCAGAUGGGUUUUUUCAUCUGGGUAAAGAUGGUGGACUCCCUGAAACAAACUUGCAUGGUUUAGAGCAGCCACCAGCUGGGCUUGGUGGAUUAUAUGCAAUAAAAAGACCCAUUCUUGCAUUUUUUGCAGGGGGCAAUCAUGGGAGAGUAAGGCCUGUGCUCUUUAAGUACUGGAAAGAAAAGGAUCCUGACAUUAGGGUUUAUCAAAACUUACCUUCUGAAAUAGCCAAAAAGAAAUCCUAUGUACAACACAUGAAGGAAAGCAAGUUUUGUAUCUGUCCCAUGGGUUAUGAAGUAAAUAGCCCUAGGAUGGUGGAGGCAAUUUACUAUGAUUGUGUGCCUGUCAUAAUAGCAGACAAUUUUUUCCUUCCUUUUAGUGAGGUGCUCAAAUGGCAGUCUUUUUCUGUUAUAGUAGCAGAGAAAGACAUACCCAAUUUGAAAAAUAUUCUUCUUGGUAUUUCUGAGAAAAGGUACCUUACAAUGUAUUUCAGGGUGGGUAAAGUUAGAAAGCAUUUUUUGUGGCACAAGGAUUCUCCAAAGAGAUAUGAUAUCUUUCAUAUGAUUCUUCAUUCUGUAUGGACAAGUAGGCUAAACCAAACACCGUUCCUUGCUUGAGGAGGAUGAAAAUCUUUAUGCAUGAUAUUUUCACCUUCUUCAAGAAAUUUAUAAAUUGUAUUUUUUAUAUCUAUAUACAAAUUUCAAUGUAUCAAUAAAUUUAGCA